AUGCAAUCCAACUUAGGAAGUACAUUUCAAUGCAAUUUUUGUUUAUCUUAUGUACCAAACAUGUGCAAAGAAGUACAUAAUGUAAAGUGUGGGAUGAAAAAUAUUCAAGAUAAUUCUCAAAGAAAUCAAUUGAAUGAAGAAGAAUAGAUUCCCUAACAAUAAGAUUUCCCAUAAUAAAUUGUAACUUAAUUAAUAUGAUUCUUUUAGAAUUUUAAAGAAAAAGUAAACUAGUUGUAGCAAUUUUAGUAAGCAAUGAAUAACUCACAAUAAUUUAGAAAUGACAUAAAAUCUUAAUAGAAUUAAUAAAAUAUUUCGAAUAUAAUUUCGUAAGGUGCCACCAACACAGUCAUUAAUAUUACAAGAUAAAAUGUAUAAUUGAAUGCUACUUAAGAAUAAUAACCAGCACAAACUCUAUAAUUUUAAUAGAGUAGAAUUUAAUAGUAAGGAACUAGUAGUAGAAAUUUUACAAAUCAAUAAAUUUCAAGGUUUCUUGAAAUUCAAAGGUCAAUAUAGCCAUAAAACUAAUAACUGACUAAUUUAUUUAGAACAAAUUAUGAGUAAUAACAACAGCCUGUUUAGUAGCUGUAAUUCCCUCGAUAAUAAGUUAGCUUUAGAUAAACUCCUAAUAGUAUGUUUACACCAAAUNACUAUUAUAGCUAAUAUUUAUAUUUAUCCCAUCAUUUAUUCAUAGAAUAAUUUAAACAAAAGAAAUACAAUUCAGAUAAACAUUAUAAUAAAAUGAAUCAAAAUAACAGAGUAGAUUAAUUGGAUAGUCUUGAAACUGAUGAAGAACUAGAUUUUUAAGAAUUUGAAAUGCCGUAAUUAGUUAGACGAAAUGGAAUGACUAAUACUCAGUCAGAAUUUACGGGUUAUUUUAUAUUGGAUAAACCAGUCGAUAAUAUAUUCGAAGAAGAAUAUUGCCCAAUUUGUUUGGAGUCAUCAGAACAGUUAUAUCCCUUAAAAUGUGGGCAUACUUACUGUUAAAAUGAUAUAGAAAAUAUGAUUGAUAUCUCUAAAAAGUCUAAUGGCUUAUUCUCAUGCCCGAUUUGCAGAGCGUAUUAAAGUCUAGAUUCAUAUGAUGAAGUUUAUCAAUUGAAAAAGCAAAAUCUUGUGAAUUGCAACAAUUUUCGCUAUUGA